UCAGAUUGUAAUUAUCCAACACUGACAAAACCUUAUACUGGCACGUUGUUAGCUAGCUUAGUACCGAUCUACCCCCCGAAUAGAAUAACACCAAAUUGUCUCACGUGGCUAGCUUUCACCACCGACCACAACCUCGUCAUCAUCACCAUCAUCUCCCCCACCCACCAUGAAAUUUAUGAAAUCCACCACCACCCCAUUUUUCAAGCCGCCAACCAACAAAGAUUCUUGAUCAUUUUUUUUUUGCCAUGGAAACCAGUGAAGACCCAAAUAAGCUUUCUUCUACUCUUGUUGACCCCACCACCCAACCCCUUCUAACCCCUCAUAACUACCCUGGCCAAUCUUCUUUAGACCCAGAAGACCAAACUCAGUUCCUUCAGAUCUCUUACAACUUUGGUCCAAGACCCUUUAAAGAUCUUCCCUUUCUUAUCCUUUUUGCUCUCCUUGUUUUAUCCAUUUUUGGUUUUGGUAUUUUUGCUUCUGUUCAUAAAAAUCCUCAUCAUUCUCAACUUUCCUCUUUUACCUACAAUUUCACCUCCUCUUCUUGUACCCUUCAAAGUUCUACUUCUAGUUACAACUUUUUUGAACUUUACUCCUCUGAUUCUAGUUUUUUGAAGAGUUUGAUUUGGACCCUUGUAGUUACUUUAAUUUUAAGCAUACCCUUUGUGCUGUUUGUGCUUUUCUUGCUCAAGCGUUACACAAAGCAGAUAGUUUAUGCUUCACUUCCCUUUUUUGUAAUUGUACCCGUGUUUCUUGAUAUUUACUGGUUUGUUGCUUGUACUGUGAGCUCCAAAUGUAGUGAAGAUUUCCCUUUAGCUUAUAGGAUUUUGGUGCUUGUUUUUGUGUUGUUGUUAAUUGGGCUUCUUGUUUGGAUUUUUGUAGCUAAUUGGCAUAGGAUUGAGUUGACUAUUAAGAUUAUUGGGGUUGCUUCUUAUGCCCUUUCUAGGAAUUUGGGGUUGUUUGGAGUGCUUCCAGCAUUGACUUUAGGACUGUUAGUGUAUUAUGCUCCCAUUGUUGUUUUCUUGGUUUUUGCUAGGUUUAAUGGAGAGGUUAUACCUAAGGAAAAGAAUGGGGAGUACUAUUGUGUAUGGAAACAGGAUAGAUGGGUUCCUGCUUAUUAUACUUUUGCUAUUCUAACAAUGCUGUGGUCUGCGACGGCGAUGAUUGAGGCACAGGUUUAUGUGAUAAGUGGGACAAUUGCACAAUGGUAUUUCUCCAAGGAUGAAUCAGGUCCCAAAAAGUCUAUGAGAAGUGCUUUGAGACAUGCGUUUGGUCCAUCCUCGGGCACAGUAUGUUUCUCUGGGUUACUAAUCUGUGUGGUUCGUAUGGUUCGUGCUAUGGUUGAUAAUGCAAGACAAGAAGAUUCUGGAAUUGUGAACCUUAUUCUGCGAUUUUGUGCCAAUACCUUGCUGUCAGCAGUUGAGUUUGUGAAUAAAUUCACCAUAAACUUUGCAGCUAUAACUGGUGAAGCAUAUUGCACCUCUGCUAGGAUGACGUAUGAACUUCUAAAACGCAAUCUUCUAUCUCCAGUUUUUGUGGAGACCGUCUCCACUCGCAUACUGGCUGGAAUAAUCUUUGUUCUCUCAACAAUAUAUGCAAUAUUGGUUUUUGUUGUGGUAAGAGCUGCCAGUCAUCUUGGUGUCGAAGCAUACCUUGUUGCUGCUCUGGCAUGGCUGCUGCUGAUGGUGGUUCUUGGUUUCUUCGUGCACGUUUUGGAUAACGUUAUCGACACAGUAUAUGUUUGCUAUGCGAUUGACAGAGACAGAGGAGAGGUAUGUAAACAGGAAGUUCAUGAUGUUUAUGUGCACCUUCCUAUCAGUAGGGGUCAUAGUUCCGCCGCUUACGGUGCCAGAAGUCCCCUUGUUGUAUAACAAACAUUUGGUUAAAUUCAAUGUGUUGUAUUCUGUCUGUAAUUCUUCUCCUUUUUCCGGGUUCAUUUUGUGAUUGCUGAGUUUCCCUGUUAGGCAAGUUGUGCAUUGAGUUCUGUAUAACAGCGUUUUUCCAAUAAAGAUGAAAAUAUGCUAUCUGUGCCAUUAUUUCUGUUA